AUGUUCUUGUCAGUCGAGAAUCCUCAUGGAGAGGUUUACGAUGAAAAGUUUCUCCAAUUCGUUCGCUGCACGUGUCAAGAUAUUCACUCCUACUGCAAUUUAUCCUUUCAUCUCUUAAGCAGGACCGGAAAAUUAAAGAUCGAAGUAAAAAUCGUCUUGUCAUUAUCUAUCUAUCUAUCUAUCUAUCUAUCUAUCUAUCUAUCUAUCUUGAUGUGUCUUAGUACGUUCAUUAUCUAUCUAUCUAUCUAUCUAUCUAUCUAUCUAUCUAUCUAUCUAUCUAUCUAUCUAUCUAUCUCUACAAUGAAAAGCGAUGCCCUUAACGGAAAAUGUCUGAUGUUUCAACAUCUAUCUAUCUAUCUAUCUAUCUAUCUAUCUAUCUAUCUAUCUAUCUAUCACAGUUCGUUCAAUAUCUAUCUAUCUAUCUAUCUAUCUAUCUAUCUAUCUAUCUAUCUAUCUAUCACAGUUCAUUCAAUAUCUAUCUAUCUAUCUAUCUAUCUAUCUAUCUAUGUAUCUAUCUAUCUAUCACAGUUCGUUCAAUAUCUAUCUAUCUAUCUAUCUAUCUAUCUAUCUAUCUAUCCCUACAAUAUUACUUUUCAGGAAGCCAGGAAACUCUUACUGUCGAUUAAUCUCGGAGCAUUCUAA